CGUAACCAUAGAUAAGUGACGGAGGGAGUAUUUGGAAAAUACCACAAUGGAUUAACUUCUUCAUUAAUAGAGAGAUCAAUGAUUAAGUCAAUUAAGGAGUUAAAAAAAAAAAAAAACAAAAAACAUUGUCUUACACCUCCUCAACCAAAUCGCAGAACCCAGAUCAUCACUCACAUACAACCAAACUCUCUUUCGUCUUCUUCAAUUCCUCCUUCCUCUUUCCCCCAAUUUCAGGAUUUCAAGAUCAAAACUUUCCAGAAAUUCAAUUCCGCUGUUAGGCCUUGUAAAAUUCUGUAUAACUUAAGAUGGCGGGUUCAGGCCAGCGUCUCAAUGUCGUGCCAACAGUUACCGUGCUUGGGGUUAUUAAAGCCCGUCUUAUUGGUGCUACAAGAGGCCAUGCUCUCUUGAAGAAGAAGAGUGAUGCUUUGACUGUGCAGUUCCGUGCCAUUCUUAAGAAGAUUGUGUCUACAAAGGAAUCUAUGGGGGAUAUUAUGAAAGACUCUGCAUUUUCCUUAACUGAAGCCAAAUAUGUUGCUGGAGAUAAUAUUAAACAUGUUGUCCUUGAGAAUGUCCAAAAUGCAUCCCUUAAGGUUCGUUCUCGGCAAGAAAAUGUUGCUGGGGUGAAGCUCCCUAAGUUUGAGUACUUCACAGAGGGAGACACCAAAAAUGAUCUUACUGGAUUGGCUAGAGGUGGCCAGCAAGUGCAGUUGUGCCGUGGCGCCUAUAUAAAAGCCAUUGAGGUUCUUGUUGAGCUAGCUUCUCUUCAAACUUCAUUUUUGACACUUGAUGAAGCUAUCAAGACUACAAACCGUAGGGUGAAUGCUCUGGAAAAUGUUGUGAAACCAAGGUUGGAAAACACAAUUAGUUACAUCAAGGGAGAGUUGGAUGAGCUGGAAAGAGAGGACUUUUUCAGGUUGAAGAAGAUUCAGGGUUUCAAGAAGAAGGAGAUUGAGAAACAGCUUGCAGCUGCAAAGCUUUUUGCGGAGGACCAGGUAGUGGAAAGAAUUUCUUUGCAGAGAGGAAUAUCAGUCAAUGCAGCUCAUGAUAUAUUGGCUGGCUCGGUGAGAGAUGAGGACAUAAUCUUUUAAUGCUGAGGUUAGUCUACUGAGUUUUUAUCUUACAGCUGUGUGAUUUCAGGCAGUUCGCUCUUUGUAGAAGAAAAUUCUCAUUCAUUAGCUGGAGUAGCUUGUAUGUUUCAAAUAAAAGCAUAUACCGAUCUCUUGUUAGAAUCAAUCGGAAUUCUUUAAUUUUCUUAAUCAUCCUAUGAGUGACUUUGGAUUUAUACAUCAUUGUGAUUCAUUCGCUUUGUGAAGUUGAAUAUGUAUUGUUGCUUCUUUUUGGUAAAAAGACGAAAGCUUUGUCAUUACUUUUGAUCAAGUACACCAGUGUUUAUGGACAUUGCUGUACAUAUGGCCUUUACUUUGGCUAGUUGUGUUUAUUUAUUUUCAAAUAAGAUGAAUUACUUGAAACACUUGAAUGAAGAUGUUUAUAUUGCCUUUU